UGCCCGCUUUGCUUGUUUUCAGGUUCACCAUAACUUUUCUCCGUCCAUCCAGAAAGACGUGUUGCCUGCCGCUCGCCGGAUCCCGGCGAAAUCUUGAUUGCUGUUGCCGCUGCUGGAUGAGAUCACCAUAGCCGAAGAGCAAACAGCUCGAUUGAUCUCCUUCGACCUCUCUCCAGGUUAGACGUGUGAUGUUGCAUAUUUUUUUUUAGAUCAGGCCAUGAGAGCCGAACCGCCGUCUUCCCCGUCUCCGGCGCUUCUUCCACCGCCGGAUCCUCUCACCUCCACGGCAGUUUUUGCUGCGUGCAGUUCGUGGUGAAAGAGAGACCGAGAGAAGAUAAGGGAGUUGAACGGGUGGUUAUGACCGAGUCGUACUGCGCAUGGAUUGAUGGUCUGCUUUAUGCUUCUUUGCCGAGUUUCAGUUUUGUAUGCUCCUGAAAUUCAAAAACUGUUAGAAGCAGGCAGUAUCGUGAGGUGAGGUCGUUGAACCGAUUUUGGAUCGGGUUGUCAGAUCAAUUUCAUAUGAAAUGAAACUGGGGGCUGAUGCUCCUUUUAUCCCAGGAGACGAGUCAUCGUCCCGUGCAGUGCCCCAGGUCCUCAUGAUUCGAUAGGUCCACCGCCGUGUUGCAUCAGCCACUCCCGCCUUUGCACCCAAUCGUCACACAGGGGUGCUGCGGCCACCACGCCGACGAGUUGGUCACCAACGCGGCGUUUACCUUACCCGCCCACCAGACGGAUCUAAAUUAUAGCUUGGUUGCUGCUGCGGGGUGUGAUCCACAUCUCCAAAGAGCAAACAACAAGUCGAUUCAUCUUCAACCUUUCGCCAGAUCUAGAGAGGUAAGGAAGGAUGAUUGAGAGAAUGGCUACUAACACCUUUUCUUUCUCAGCAAGAUUAACAUCAUCUUCUCUGGUAAGCGCUUGCCUGGGUGUGAGAUAACUCCUACAUGGAUUUUACAUUCGCUUUGCUUGAUACUAUCACGAAGAGUUUCUCAGAGGAACAAAAAAUUGCCAGUGGUGGGUAUGGAGAUAUUUACAGGGCGGUGCAUAAUGGGGAAGAGAUUGCUGUGAAGAGGCUUCAUCAUUUCCAAGGACUUGAUGAUCAGCAAUUUCAAAAUGAAUUCCGUAACCUCAGCAAGGUCUCUCACAAAAAUGUUAUACGGUUAAUUGGCUACUGCUAUGAAUCACGGAGUAAAUAUAUGAAACACAACGGGGAACUUGUGUUUGCUAAAAUGAUGGAGCGACUACUCUGCUUUGAAUAUAUGCAGGGCGGAAGCCUUGAGAAAUACAUCGCAGACGAACCAUGUAGACUUGACUGGCCCACAUGUUAUAAAAUCAUUCAAGGGAUCUGUGACGGCUUAAAUCACCUUCACAAUGCACAGGAAAAAGCAAUUUUCCAUCUGGACUUGAAGCCUUCGAAUAUAUUGCUGGGUAAAAACAUGACUCCCAAGAUUUCAGGUUUUGAUUUGUCUGUUGAUUCAACAGAAGGAAUGGACCCGAUAGCGAUGAGAAGAGGAACACUUGAGUACAUGCCACCAGAAUACAUAGACAGCGGCAUCAUAUCAAACAAGUUUGACGUGUUCAGUUUGGGCAGCAUUAUUAUAAGAAUGAUGGACGGACAUGGGGGUCCUUACCGUUAUUCUGAAAUGUCUCCCAACCAGUUUAUUGAAUAUGUAAGUGAAAACUGGAAGAAAAGGUUGGAGAAAUUGUCGGAGCAUUCAUCAUACGAGAUGGAUAUCCUACAAGUGCAGGCAUGUGUUGAGAUAGCAUUUAGAUGCUUGGAAGCCGAUCGAAACAAAAGGCCUAGUAUAGAGGAAAUUAUAUGUGAACUGGGGUUAAGACAGUAAUGUCGCCGCCUCCUGAUCAUAAACCUAUCUCGUUUGUUCUGAAUUCUCAGUCAAGCUCCAGCCCUGCUCCUGAUCAGCCAACAGACCUAACUGAAGCUGAGAUCAAGACAAAUCUUGCUGAAGCUGAGAUCAAGACAGACCUAACUGCACCUGAAAUUAAGACAAUAUUAUCAGGGCCUCCUGAUCUGUCCGGUCUUGAUUCUCCGUUAUGCUCCAACACUGCACCUGAUUACUCAAUAGACCUAAUUGAAGCUGCGAUUGAGACAAUAAUGUCAUUGCCUCUUGAUGAUAAAUCUAAGGGAUAAGUAUAUUUUUGGUCCCUCAACUUUACUGAUAAUAUAAAAAUGGUCCCUCAACUUCAAAACCAGAAAAAUAUAGUCAUUUAACUUGUAAAACCGGAUAUUUUUCGCCCCUCCAGCCAAUCAAGGUGGUUUUGAGCUGA